UAAUAUUUAUAUAUAAUAUAUAUAUAUCAUUAAGAUUGAGUAUGUUUCCCCCUAAAGAUGUCUCAGUAUCACAGACUCUCAGACACCAGUGCUGACAGCGGAGCCUCAGAUCACAGCCUGAACGUUUCUGCUGGAGUGAUCAGAGUGCUAAAAGAACAUGGAUACACCAUCGAGGAAGAACUUGGCCGAGGGGCUUCAGGAAUAGCGUUUCUGGUGAAAGACACAGAUGGAGACCCUUAUGUGGUCAAACAGAUGAAUUCCAGAGAUGGGGAGGAGCUGGAUGCAGUCAGAAAUGAAGCUGAGAUCCUGAAAAAUCUGAACUUUGGAUAUAUUGUUACUUAUGUGAAUUCAUUUGAAGAUAGUGAAGCGGGACGCAUUUAUAUUGUGAUGGAGUACUGUGAAGGAGGUGAUCUUUCCAAAGUCAUGGAAACACAUAAAGAAGAACGUUUUUUUGAAGAAAAACAGAUCCUUGACUGGCUUGUUCAGAUUUGUCUGGCUCUGCAGUAUCUCCAUGAGAAGAAAAUUCUUCACAGAGAUAUUAAACCUCAGAAUAUCUUUCUGACUGAAGAUGGUUACAUCAAUCUAGGAGAUUUUGGAUGCUCAAAAGCAUUGGAAAGAGCUGAUGAAUAUGCUAAUUCAGUUGUGGGUGCAAAGCUCUAUGUCAGCCCAGAAGUUUACCAGAAGAAAUACAAUUCCAAGAGUGACAUAUGGUCAUUGGGAUGGUUGCUCCAUGAUCUCUGCAUGCUUGAUGUGUGGGCAGAUGUCAUGCAGCGUCACAUAAUUCAUGCAGUCAGCAUGACAGGAAACCCCCCUCAUAUCUCAGAGAAAUACUCAGUAGAACUGAGAGAAUUAAUCAGACAGAUGCUCAGCCGUGACCCUAAAGACAGGCCUUCAGCUGAAGAUAUUCUAGCAAAACCAUUCCUGGAAGAUGCUGUGAACAGAAACAGCAGAACUCCACAGGCACUGCUACAGAGUUUCAUUAAGUCUAUCAACACCUUUGAUAAGGCCUACAACAAGCACUAUAAAGACCUUGAGGCCUUAGUUAGUGAGUGGGGAAGAAUAACAGAUUCAAUGGAGUCUGCACAUUACAGCGCCACAGCCGGCAGUCUGUCAGGUUCAGUGAUUGGAGCAGCUGGAGGAAUCACUGCAUUAGUUGGUUUAAUUUUGGCACCGUUCACUCUCGGUGCAUCUCUGAUUGUUACUGGUGUCGGUGUUGGAAUUGGAGUUGCCGGUGGAGUAACAGGUGCUGCCUCCACCAUUACUAAUACUGUACAACAAAAAUCAUUCAGAGAGAGCCUUGAACAAAUUCAGCAAAAGUAUAAAUCUGUAAGCGAACCUAUUCUCACACCGCUGAAUACACUGAGAAAGGUACUGAGAAAAAUCACAAAGUUCAGUUUUUUUUUUGGCACCUCAACUUUUGACAAUGUACAAAUAUCAUGCAAUUUAGACAAAAGAAAUAUGUUGUGUGCCACACAACUCAUGAAUUUAGGUCUGUUGGCAAAUGUUAGCAGAAUUGCUACUCAGACUGCAAGAGUAGGACGAGUAGUAGCAGAAGCAGUCUCGGGUGUGUUAAGUGGAGUACUAGUCAUACUUGAUGUCGCCUUCAUAGUGAUGGAUUCUGUAGACAUUCACCAGAUGAGACAGGGACCAGUAGAUGAUCCAGAAAAGGUCACAUCCAGUGUUCUCAAAUCCAUUGCAGAGAUGAGGAGAACACAUAAUGAGCUUUGCAAUGUCCAGAAGGAAAUGCAGAAAACAAGAGAGGAACUAAAAGACUAUAUAGAAUUGGCCAAGGAUGACAGGGAAAUAGACAAUGAUUUAAAUAGUUUAAACAUAUAGAUAUGAUUUCAGUCUGAGAAUCAGGAAACCUCCUAUAUUGCUCUGAGACCAGAAUUCAUGUGUGUAGCAUGAGGUUGAGUUUUUGUGAUUAUAUCAAGUUAAGUCACCUUUUGUUUAUAUAGCGCUUUUUACAAUAUAGAUUUUACAAAACAAAGCAGGUUUAAAAUGAUAACAGGAAAAACUAUGCAACAAAGUUUGAAGAAAAAGUGCCAUUGUUUAGCUUGAGUCAGUUCAGUGUUGACUCAUGUCCAUUGUAAAGAUCUUCAAUUAUUCAUUUAUUUGAUUUAAUCUAUUCAGUAGCUCUGGAGAAAACAGCGAUGUCAUAGUCCAUUCAGUUCAGUUCUCGUAUAAUAGUGUCAAUGCAGUCAGAUCAAUAAUAUAGUUGAAUAGUAGGUGUCCACAACUAAACAAGCCAGAGGCGACAGUGGCAAGGAACUCAAACUCCAUUAGGUGACAGAAUGGAGA